AUGAAAAUUUCAUCAUUAUACACUGAUGUUGGAUUAAAAGCAGGGUUAUUGAAAGAGUUAAGUUAGAGUUAUUGGAUAUAAAAACAUUGUAAUUAAAACAAAUAGAAAGGUUCAAAUUUAUAAAAUUGGAGUGUAUUUCAAUUAUUAAAGGGUAGGAAGAUGGAGCUUGAUCAUUAAUGCUGACUUGAUGUAUUCAAUAGUUUUAAAUUAUUAGCGGUGGUGGAUAUUAAAACUCACAUGGCUAUAAGUAUGGUAAAUGGAGAGAGAUAGGUGAUGACUUCACAAAGUAUAAAAAUCAAUAAUAGCCAAUCUUUAGUGAUAGUAGACGGAGAAUACUAAUUGGUUAAAAGUAGUCAUAUGGGAAUAUUUUUGAAGCUAGAUGGAGAUAAUUAAUUUAAACUUAUCUAAAAUAUCAUAAUAAAAUAUGUAAAAAAGUGGAUAGUAUUUUGAUUAAGGAGAAGCAGAUUCUAUAAAAGAUGAAAAGUGGUAUGAAUUAGGUAAGGGGUUUUCAGAGUAUUCUUAAAUUAGCCUUUUUUAUUAAUAGAGUUUUCAUUAUCAGAAGUUAAUACCAAUAAUAAUUAUCCACUAACGAUUCGAGUCUUACUAAUUAUGAUUCAAUAAUGUUUUCACAUAGGGAAUAUUUAAUUUGA